ACGACGACGACGACGACGACGACGACGACGGCGACGGCGACGGCGACGGCGACGGCGACGGAAACGGCGACGACACCGCCGAAGACGAGAAGCGUCGCGAAGACGGACGCUACGUGUUCGUUCGCGAAAAGGUAUGAGAGAUCGUCCUCAUCGUUAUCGAGAACAUCACGGACAGGCCAUGCCCCUCGAGGAGGUCCAAGGAUUGUUACUUCCACCCUCAAGAACAGGUAACCGGGGACCUCUGAAUGUGACGAUUGUACAGGUGGGAAGAGGGAACGGGGCAAGUACUGGAGAUGGCGGAAGUGAUUUACUGAGAUUGGAGCCGCCAUCGGAUUUAAGACCCGCACCAUCGCCACUUUCCGAUACCAGUACCACCUUGCAGUCCGACAACAAUGAUACCUUUACCGGAGGUGUCGAUCCUAGGCUAUUGUUGGGUGGCACUGGAACCGGAGGUGAUCGUAAUACGUGGGAGGGUCGUUAUCAUGUAAAGGAACAUCGCCGUGCUGGAAAAGCAACCUUCCAGGGUCAAGUUUACAACUUUCUGGAACGUCCCACCGGCUGGAAGUGCUUCCUGUAUCACUUCUCUGUGUGA